GUAGAUGUGAGUUCUAUAUACAUAUUGCAAGUUCAACCCAUUAGAUGCGGCGGAAGUUUUGCCAAGUAGAAAUAAAAUAAUCCCACCCAUCAUGGCGAUAGGAUUCUACUCAUUGAUUGGAAUUUUAUGCUUUCAAGGCCUCCACUACACAAUUUCACAGACUGUGGACGUUACACCGGAUCAGAGAGUUGCCAAAGGCCAAAGAGUUAAAAUCACAUGUCGAAUAACCAGCAGAAACAUACCCUACGAUGUCAGGUGGUCACUGGAAGACCAACUUAUUACAAAUAACACGAAAAUAACUUACAAGGAACGCAGUAGCCGUUAUAUAGUCUUAAACCCCGUUCGUGGGACUUGGGAAUUGGUGAUUCGUAGUGCUAGACUAGACGACAGUGGGGAUUGGAAAUGCACGAUGAUGUCAUCAAAGCCUCCAAUCUCUGACGUCAUGAUGUUGAGUGUGGAUGGCCCCGGAGGUAAUAUUCUAAACUUAUGAAUGGCAACACCUUCUACAUUAUCUAUCAGAUACUUGCAUAGCAAUUGGUUUCUUAUUUAAAUGUACAACCAAUGAUAAUUCUGUGAUGACCUACCAAAUGAAAUUAUAACAAAGUA